UGAAGACCUGCAGAUAUAGCAUUCAUUUUAUAUCAGUUCCAUGUCGAAGUAAGCAACUGUGGUACAUGGUAAAUCUCGGCAUUUUUCAUUUCGACUCAGAUUGGGAUAUUUUAUUGAAGAAACGGUAUCUAUCAUGCCAUGGUUUGAAGCUCAAUACACAAUGAAAUACUCAUUGUAUAUCCUGUUUUUUCUUCCAACCGUCUUGGGUAUAACAUUUACACCAGGAACACACACAUGCCAAGACAGAUGCCUUGAUCACUACAACUUGACCAACAUAUGCCAGUGCACGGAUAACUGCGAAUUAUUUGGGGAUUGCUGUCUGGAUUUCUACUUUAUCUGCGUUGAUACUACACCAGUAGCUGAAGAUUCAUGUGAGGGCCUGUGUGGAUUGUUCUUGUCGGGGAAACCUUGUCAGUGUAAUAGUGGGUGUGUCAGCUAUGGAGAUUGCUGCGAUGACUACUCUCAAUUCUGUGAUGGUGGCAUCGACCCGGGCUCGACAUGUGAAGGAAGAUGUGGUGAUGGAUACAAUUCAGAUCUGGAAUGCCAAUGUAACGAUCUAUGCGAGACCUACAAUAAUUGUUGUGACGAUUACAUUGACAAAUGUAUUGGUGUUGACCCGGGCUCGACAUGUGAAGGAAGAUGCAGUGAUGGGUAUAAUUCAGACCUAGCAUGCCAAUGUAACGAUCAAUGCGAGACGUACAAUAAUUGCUGUGACGAUUACAUCGAUAAGUGUAUUGCGCCACUAUUGACGUGUGACGGGCGAUGCGAUAUUGCCUACGAUCCUGACCUCCCUUGCCAAUGUGAUGACCAAUGUGGAAAUUCCGGCAACUGUUGUGAUGAUUAUGAAGAUCAAUGUGUUGAGGAAGACUUAAAUUUGUGUAAGGGACGGUGUGGUACGGACUAUGAUUCAUCUCUACCAUGCCAGUGCAACGACCAAUGUCCCACGUACUUCAAUUGCUGUCCAGAUUACGUAUCGGAAUGCUCAGGGUCAUGUGAUGGGAGAUGUGAUAACCCGUUUGACGGAGACCAGCCUUGUCAAUGUAACAGUGCUUGUGUUACACAUGGCGAUUGCUGCCUCGAUUACAAUGAAAUCUGCCUCAACGGAACUGCACCCAAACCCAUCAACCAAUCAGAAAUCACACAACUGGCCGAACUAUUGUGGACACUCGAUGUCAACAGGUUGACCCCUAGCGAUUACGUCAUUAAUAAACAAGCUUUAGUUGAUGAUGGAAACGACGUCGACCGGUCAACAGAUCCACUUUUCACCAGCUUGAAUGAGUCUGCCCUCUCCAGUCGAACCUAUCAAGCAUUUAUUGCUCUAAUGGACAACUAUAUCUCUGAAACAAGACAAGAGGAGGUCUACACAUUGGAAGAACUAGAAGAAAUUGAAGAGUUUCUCGAUGCCGUUUUCGAAUCUGACGUCAUGACUGCAACCACAGAUUUCUUCAUAGACAAAGGUCAGUUCAUAGAUGAAACUGACUACCGCGAGUGGGCGAAAAUGGUUUGGUUCGGAAAUUACAGUAGGAAGGAAUCUGACCCGUUCUUUGAUUCGUCUGGAUUUGAACACGUGUUCAUGGGCGAGACGAAAACUUCUAGCGUUACGGGUUUCCACAACUGGCUCCGUUUUUACUUCCAAGAAAAGGAAGGGCAAUUAGACUAUUACGGCUACGUACGUGAGAACUCUCCUGAUCAGAUGGGACUUAACUUUGAGUGGAAGAAUGUCGUAAAGGAACUGGGAUCUGUAAUUAUCGGUGCUAGUCCCGAGUUUGAGUUUGCCAUGUUUUCUUUCUGCUUCAGAAUCAAAGGUGGAUCCCAAUGCGAAUUCACACUUGACGGAUCGCCAUCCAAGAUUCAAACUUAUAAAAUCCGGGAUCCGGGAUACAUCGGAUCUGCCUACUUUGUAGUGUAGCUCGUUCCAAUUAACGCAAAGUGAUUCAAAAGAGAACGAAAUUCUUGAGACAAGUUGGUAGGUUUGAAGCGGAGAAAAAUUAAUAAGAUUUGGGGGGAAUGAAAAUAUGAAAAUAAAAUAUAUUUACAAGCAUUGCAAUGUUGAGAGUACUAAUGAUGUGUUCAUCGUUUCCUCGGCAAGGCGAAAGAGGUCCCUAUUUGAAAGAAUAGAAUCUUCCACAGUGUGUGCCAUAGUGUGUUUACAUUGCCUAACACAUUGCGAAUUUUCCUUCACACUGCUAAAUUUAGCAUUUUAACAGUGUGAAUUACAAAUUCACAUAGCGGCCAUGUGAUUCCUUUGUGAACAGUCACACUGUCGAGGUGCCACAGUAUGAAAAAAUGUCUUCCCACCGUGUAAUAAAAUUUCAUUGUAGUCUCCAAUGUGAACACAUUGUGAUCACAGCCAUAAUGUGUUGUGUCACACUUGUACAGCUCCUUCAUUAAGUCAGUAUUUUACGUUAACUGUUUCUUUUUUAUGAAUUGUAUCCGUGGACCAUGUUUCCUUUUCAUGGAAGAGCAUUGCAUAUGUUAAAUUGACAGUAUCACACGAAA